AGUAUGCGUGCCCCUCACUAGUCUGUAACUCUAUAGUUCAUUCGUUCUUUAUGUCAACUACGCGUCACAUAUAAAUUUUUUCCUUUCCUUUUAUUUUUUGUAAAAAAGUGUAAUUUACUUCAAAAUGGGGAAGAGAAAGCAUGCAGAUAAAUCUCGUGAACGUUUAUUGAAAAAAAUCAAGAAGUUAGAAGAAAAAAUUAGAAGAAUAAGCUCGGACUCCGAUUCGAGUGACGAAGACAUUGUGGCAAGUCCAAUUAUUCAAUCACUUGAAAAUAAGGAGAAUGAACCCCCGGCUCUAGAGGACAUAGAACCUGAAAUGUUCAAUGAAGUCGUUGACUGCGAAGAAGAGCCUAUUCCUGAGGAGGAAGAACAGUUAGAGGAGAAUGUGUUAGAGAUACUCGGCGUGGCUCCUCAAACAGAAGCAAAAGGAGAGAACCUACAUAAACAAAUUGUAGAACGAUGGGCAGUUAUAGUGAAGAAAGGCCUAGAUAAGGAGGAAAAGGAAAAAAUACAGAUUGAGAAUCCACCAUUCACAAACUUCAGUGAAAUGACACCACCAAAAUUGAACCCAGAGGUGAAUGCAGCAGUGAAUGAUGUUGCAAGAAAGAGAGACCAGAUCAUUUUUAAAAGACAACAACAGGUUUCAACAGCCCUGUCAUGCCUGGGCUCUGCACUCCAAUUAAGCAUGAAAGAUCAAAAGCUCGAGGCUAUAAAGAAGUUGAAUGAUGCAUCACGGCUGUUAUGUGACUCCCUUUUCAUGGAUACAAGGGGACGGAGAUCUCUCUUGCUAUCAGUCACAAAUAAAAAUAUGAAAGACUUCCUCGUUCAAUCAGAGCCAGGAAGUUUUCUCUUUGGUGAUAACCUGACAGACCAAAUUAAGGCUGCUAAGUCAGUGCAAAAGUCGGGAGAAGAUUUGAAAAUACCUCAAGUGAAGAAAUUCACCCCUCGACCAACCACAUCAGGACCAAAAUUCAGCGGUGCACAAAAUAAAUCUUUAAACUGGCGGGGCCCUCCUCGAGGCGAGGCGAAGAAGAGGGGGGGGCAUCACCGAGGACAACAGGCACCACGACAGGCAGACAGGAGGCCGCCCGAGAAGAAGGAUCCACGCAGGAAGUGA